CAAGCAACCAAUAGACCUCCACUCUUCAAUGGGACAAAUUAUACCUAUUGGAAGACUAGAAUGAAAAUCUUCAUUCAAGCACAAGACUAUGCCUUGUGGAGGGUUAUAGUCAAGGGACCACAAGAACCAUCACAUGUGGUUAAUGGCAUUCGAGUUCCCAAACCUGAGGAGGAUUGGGAUGAGAAUGAUGAUAGGAUGGCUCAACUCAAUUCUAGAGCCAUGAACUCACUAUUUUGUUCUUUAGAUGUAAAUGAGUUCAAUAGAGUCUCUACAUGUAGUUCCGCCAAGGAAAUAUGGGAUAGGCUUGAAGUUACCCAUGAGGGUACAAAUCAAGUCAAAGAGUCCAAAAUGAACAUUCUAGUUCACAAAUAUGAAUUGUUUAAGAUGGAACCUAAUGAAACCAUCACAUGCAUGUUUACUCGCUUUACCGAUAUAAUUAAUGGUCUAAAGAGUUUGGAUAAAUCUUAUACUAACCCGGAACUUGUGAGUAAAAUUCUCAGGUCUUUGCCGAAAGCAUGGGAAGCAAAGGUCACGGCAAUCGUAGAAGCCAAAGACCUCAACACUUUGGGAUUAGAACAACUACUGGGCUCAUUGAUGACGCAUGAGCUCACAAUGAAGCAACAUGAAGAAGAGUUGCCGAAGAAAAGGACAAUCGCACUCAAAGCUACUUCAAGUGUGUGUGAAGAAGAGAGUAGUGAGAGUCUUGAUAGCGGUUGCUCAAGGCAUAUGACCGGUGACAAGAGUCUCUUCGUCACCUUGGAAUCAAAAGAAGGAGGAUUAGUCACAUUUGGAGACAAUGCUAAAGGACGAAUUAUUGGUGUUGGUAAAAUCUCCAUAUCACCCUCCUCAUUUAUUGAUAAUGUAUUGUUAGUUAAUGGACUAAAACAUAAUUUAUUAAGUAUAAGUCAAUUUUGUGACAAGGGCUUUAAAGUGUCAUUUGAAUCGUCACUAUGCAUAAUUAGUAGUCCAAUUGAUAAUGAGAUCAUACUCACAGGACAUAGGCAUGGAAAUGUUUACAUGGUAGAUCUUGAUGAUCUCACCAUGAAGGAUGGCCAAUGUCUUGUAGCCAUGAAUCCCAAAGUCAAUGAGACUAGUUGGUUAUGGCAUCGUAGGUUAGGGCAUGCUAGCAUGGAUUUAAUCUCUAAAUUAAUUACAAAGGAUCUAGUCAAAGGGCUACCAAAAAUAGACUUUGAAAAGAAUAAAAUUUGUGCUGCAUGUCAAUUAGGGAAACAAACAAGAAGUUCCUUUAAGUCUAAGAACAUAGUUUCAACAUCAAAACCCUUAGAACUAAUUCACAUGGAUUUGUUUGGACCCACUAGAACUGCUAGUCUAGGGGGUAAGAAAUUUGGUCUUGUAAUUGUUGAUGAUUUUUCACGUUUUACAUGGGUUUCAUUUCUUGCACAUAAAGAUGAGUCCUUUCCCGCUUUUAUUAAGUUUCAUAAUAGAGUUUCGAAUGAACUCAAUCUUAAACUAAAAGCAAUUAGGAGUGAUCAUGGUACCGAGUUUGAAAAUCAGUAUUUUAAAAAAUUUUGUGAAGAAAAUGGUAUCAAUCACAACUUCUCGGCACCUAGGACACCUCAACAAAAUGGGGUGGUAGAAAGGAAGAAUCGCACACUAGCAGAUAUGGCUCGUACCAUGUUGUGCGAAUCGGAUCUACCAAAGUAUUUUUGGGCUGAAGCAAUAAAUACCUCAUGUUAUAUUUUAAAUCGUGCUUUAGUUAGAUCCAUCUUAAAGAAAACACCUUAUGAGUUGAUAAAAAGUAAGAAACCAAAUAUAAGUUAUUUUCAUGUUUUCGGUUGUCGAUGCUUUAUUUUAAACAAUGGAAAGGACAAUCUCAGUAAAUUUAGUGCUAAAUCAGAUGAGGGGAUCUUCUUAGGUUAUUCCUCAUCUAGUAGAGCAUACAGGGUCUUCAACAAGAGAACUCUCGUUGUUGAAGAAUCUAUUCACGUUGUUUUUGAUGAAUUAGAGGCUAUUAGACUGCUUUUAGCAUAUGCAUGCUUCAUGGAUUUUAAACUCUAUCAAAUGGAUGUAAAAAGUGCAUUCUUAAAUGGCUAUAUAAUGGAGGAAGUUUAUGUAGGACAACCUCCAGGUUUUGAAAAUCACUUACAUCCAGAUUAUGUGUAUAAAUUGCAUAAAGCAUUGUAUGGACUUAAGCAAGCUCCUAGGGCAUGGUAUGAAAGAUUAAGUAAUUUUCUAAUUGAGAACAAAUUUAAGAGAGGAAAUGUGGACAAAACCCUCUUUAUUAAAAGAAAAGGAAAUGACUUAUUGCUUGUACAAAUUUAUGUGGAUGAUAUAAUUUUUGGUGCUACUAAUGAUAGUCUUUGUCAAGAAUUUGCCAAGCUUAUGCAGGGAGAAUUUAAAAUGAGCAUGAUGGGUGAGCUCAACUUCUUCCUUGGGCUGCAAAUAAAACAAUCAGAGGAAGGCAUCUUCAUCAGUCAGUCCAAGUAUAUCAAAGAAAUGUUGGAGAAAUUCAAGAUAAAGGAUGCAAAAGAAAUCAGCACACCCAUGGGCUCAAGUUGCAAGCUUGACAAAGAUGAAAAAGGUAAAAGUAUAGACUGCAAAUUGUACAGAGGUAUGAUAGGCUCUUUACUUUACCUUACUGCUAGUAGACCAGAUAUAUUAUUCAGUGUUUGUAUGUGUGCUAGAUACCAAGCAUGUCCUAAGGAAUCACACUUGCAAGCUGUUAAAAGAAUUUUUAGAUAUCUAGUAGGGACAUCUAAUGUAGGCUUAUGGUACUCUAAACAAUCUGAUAUAAACUUAAUUGCAUAUUCCGAUGCUGAUUUUGCCGGGUGCAAACUCGACAGAAAAAGCACAAGUGGCACAUGUCAAUUCUUGGGUGCCAACUUGGUUUCUUGGUUUAGCAAGAAACAAAAUUCAGUUGCCUUGUCCACAGCUGAAGCUGAGUACAUUGCAGCCGGAAGCUGUUGUGCCCAAGUUCUUUGGAUUAAGCAACAACUUGAAGACUUCGGUAUUAAAAUGGACAAUAUACCAAUUAAGUGUGAUAAUACAAGUGCAAUCAACUUAACAAAAAAUCCUGUCCAACACUCUAAGUCAAAGCAUAUAGAGAUUAGGCAUCAUUUUAUUAGGGAUCAUGUGCUGAAAAAUGAUGUGGUGAUUGAAUAUGUAUGUACUGAAAAUCAAUUAGCUGAUAUCUUUACAAAGCCCCUUUGUAAAGAU